AUGACAUGUAGAAAUAAUCUUCGUCAAGCGGCUUUGAGUUUGUGUAAUAUAAUUCUCCAUCAUUUUUAUAAUCCAUACGUACCUGGAUUUAAAUCUGUUCUGGCCAUUAUUAGAUCAGAUUUACCCCAGAUUAUGAGUGAUCUACAAGGUUUUAAGAGUCUACUAGAAGGUUUCAAAUGUGAAUCACCGGAAAAUACUGACAAAGCGGAAAUAGCGAGAUAUAAAGUAUCCAAGAAAUCAAAAACCACUUCAAAAAGUCCUAUAAAGAAAGAAAACAGACGUGUUGAAAAAAUCAAUACUACAAAUCUACCAGAUCUAGCCCCAUCAUUAGCUUCAAAUUUAAUUGUUUUAUUUAUAGGAUAUAAUCCGGGAGUUCAAUCAUCGAUAGACCAACAUCAUUUCGCUCAUCAUUCAAAUUUAUUCUGGAAAUUAUUUAGACAAUCAAAGCUACUAGAGAAAGUAGUAGACGUAAUACAAGAAAAAAAUAAAGAUCCUCAUAUUGAAAAUCCUAAUCUAGAGAAACUAUUGGAAAAUGGAUGUACAGCAGAAAAUGAUAAUGAACUUGUAAAUUAUAAAAUUGGGUUUUCAGAUUUAGUACUAAGAUGUACCAGAAAAGCAGAUGAACUAGCAUCAGAUGAGAAAUACAAUAAUAUAAAAAGACUAAUAACAGAAAUUCAAGAAACAGAAGCUCAAAACGUAGUACUAAUAGGUAAGGGAAUAUGGGAGACUAUUAUAAAAUAUUACAGUGUUGAAAUGAAUAUUAAAUUUAAAUUAGAUAAAGAUAAUUUUCAUUGGGGAGAGGUUGGUGGUGGUAAUAAUUCAACUUACAAUAAGAUUAUAAAUUAUAUAUACUCGGAAUUUUCCCCUUUAAAACCAAAGAUUUAUGUAUUUCCAAGUACUUCUGGAUUGGUUUUUGGUAUUCCUUUUGCAGAAAAAUUACAACUCUGGGAAACUAUGGUCAACAAUAUUUAG